CCCACCAACACCACAGGCCCCUUGUCUUCCUCCCUCUCGGACACACCGACGACGACGACAAAGACAGCACCACCAUGCCUGGCACACCCCCAGCUGGCUCCGUGGCCAAUCCAAACGACACCGACCAGGUCGACUUUCCCAAGACACGCUCAAAGACACCAUCGCCCACUCGGAGCGAUUCACCAGAGCCAUCGACAUCAAGAAAGCGGGAGCGAGAGGUCUCGCUCGAGCCGCUCACCCCCAAGCCAGAUAGCAGCGCUCACGCGCCGGACACGAAGGAAAGGGACAAUCGGCGCUCGUCCAAGAAGGGCCGCGUGAUGCUCGACAGCACCGCCGAGGAAGAUGAAAACCACGCCGCCGCCCGGCCGCCGCCGCGCUCACGGUCGCGCUCCAACACCCCUCCCAAUGCCACCACCGGGUCCGGCUCGGAGAACCACGCUGACGAAGACGCAAGCGAAGACACGACCAUGGAGCGGGGGACCGCGACGCCGCCGCCGGGCACGUCGCCGCGGUACGAGGCGCGCGUGCGCCAGAUCAGCCAAGGUGUGGAGGACAUCAGCUGGCGCCCGCUGCACACGCCCGGAGAUGCUGAUCGCGCACCCGAAGAGGGACCGCAGCAGUCAAAAGAACAGCAAGCGCAAGCGCAGGCUAUUGAAGUCGAUGACGACGUCACCGCCUCGGCCGACGUAUCCGCGACGGGAGAUAAGUUAGUGGCCGAUGAUGCGGCUGCGACGACGGCCACGUCGAUUACGACAGAGGCGAUUGAGACGCCGCUGGGAGAGGCGGCUGUUAUCGCAGAUGGCGCGAAGACGGUGCCGGAGCCGACGCUCGAGGUUGUUGGUGCCACUGCAGGCGAUACGGACGAUGUCGUUAUCGAGAAGGCGCCCAGCGGGGCAUCGACGAGGCGGCCGUCGGACUCGGACGGAGGCGAGCAAGAAAAGGGGCUCAAACGCAAGCUCGGGGAUCGUGGGGUCAGCCGAGGCCCCCCUGAGAACGGGAGUGCUCCGUCGCCGUCGGUGGUUGAGCCUACCAAACGCGCACGCGAUGAUGCGGACAAGGACGAUAAUCCGAGGGAGGCGAAGAGGCUGACGCCGCCGCCGGAUAAGAGCAAGGAGAAGCAAGAGGAGCCGAUGGAUUCGACGCCCAAGUUUGGCGGAUUCAUGGCAUACGCAUCGACGAGCUCCCCAUUCGCCUCCGUCAAGGGUCAAAACAUUUUCAGGCCGAGCCCGUCGCCCACACCCUUAUCGCCAACGCCUAGGACAUCCUUCGCCUCCUCCCCGUUCCCCUCGUUCUCGAGCAUAUCGACGCUCGGCGAGCCAUCCACACCCAAGUCAUCCUUUGCAGGUGGCUCAUCGACUACCACGACCACCACCUCGACAGCAACGAAGCGCACGGGCUUCGAAGCCUUCGCAUCCAGCGGCGGGGGGUCGCCCUUUGCGAGCGCCGCGCGCGCCAAGAGCCCGCCCGUGUUCGGGAGCAGCUACUCGUCGUCGUCGGGCAAGGCGACACCGUCUGCGCUCGCGCGGAGCAAGUCCCCGUCGCGCCGCGGCUCGGCGAAUGCGUUCGCGACGUAUGCGUCUGGGGGCGCGCAGGCGUUUGCGCCCGCGCCGAAGCGCCCGCGCGCGGGGUCGCCGGCGGGCGGGUCGCCGCCGCCUGGGCUGGGGAAGAGGGGGAAGGAGGGGGUGGCGCUUGUGCUUGCGGGGGCGUCUGUGGGUGCGGAUAAUGGGAGCGGGAGCGGGGAGGAUGAACGUGGGAAUGGCAAUGGCAAUGGCAAUGAUAAUGGGAGUGGGGAGGAGGGUGGUGUGCGUCAGGAGAGCGAGAAACAGCAUGGUGAAGGGAGUGGCAGUGGCAGUGGCAGUGAUAAUGAUGACGAGCGGGUGGGUGUGAGCGCGGGCGAUGAAAGUGCUGCGGUGGCGGCAGGGACGACGUUUGGCGAGCGUUUGCGCGCUGAAAGGGACCGCGAGGGCGAUGCGAGCGAGGAGGAGCGGGAGAGGGAGAGGGAGAGGCUGCAGGAGCAGGAGGUCCUGACGGGCGAGGAGGACGAGGAAACGAUCCACCAGGUGCGCGGGAAGCUGUACGCGCUCGCGGCUGAGAACAACUCGUGGAAGGAGCGCGGGACUGGUCUGCUCAAGCUCAAUGUCCGGCGCGUGGACGGUUCGGCUGCGCGGUUAGUGAUGCGGAAAGAAGCGGUGUAUGCUGUACUACUGAACGUGACGCUCUUCCCGGGCAUGAAGUGCUUUGUCGCGCAGGAUCCGCGUUAUAUCCGGUUCAGCGCGAUCGAGGAUGGGGUCACGACACAUUAUAAUCUCAGGGUGUCGAACGCCAAAAUCGCAGAGGAGCUGCUCGAGGAGAUCAACUCUUAUAUUCCUCCCGCCUGAGCUCUGGCUCUAGCUCUGGCUUUGGCUCUAGCCUCGAGCUUGAGCCUAAUGGCGUCCAACGAUGAUGCUUUUUGAUCUAUCUACCCGAGUAAUGCUAGCGCUGACGUCGAUGCCGGCGCCUAACAAGUCUACAUACAGACGCGGUGCAUAUGUAGACGCUGACGUGUAUUGCGCACGUUCGUAUAUAUAUACGACGCUUUUACUGAUGAUGUUUUGUCUUGUCCAUUUCUCUUUCUUCUUUUCUUUCUUCUUUCUUUCUUGCGUUCUCGCGCUCGUACUCUGCUCGCUUGCUUGUUUGCUGGUCACUAGCUCAUGUCCUGUGUCUGGCUAAAACCGUUUAUUUACUAGCUGACGGCGCGAUUCUUUCGCUGCUGUGGUGUUUUCUGUCUUUGCUUGCGAGAGAGAGCGCUUUAGAGGGUUUGAGGUUUUUUU